AUUCAAGGGGAAACAGAAAUAAAUGCAGCUGGAGAACCAUCCCACCAUCCCGACCACAACUGAUCUUCCCUGGACAUGAUGAACCAUGCUGUCCAAACUGUCUUCACUCCCGCCAACACCAGCCACCCCCUCAACUAUGAAAUGCUCAAGGAGGAGCAUGAGGUGGCUGUGCUGAGGGUGCCCCACAACCCUGCUCCCCCGACAUCCACCGUGAUCCACAUCCACAGUGAGACCACUGUGCCCAGCCAUGUCGUCUGGUCCCUGUUCAACACUCUCUUCAUGAAUUGGUGCCAUCUGGGCUUCAUAGCAUUCACCUACUCCGUGAAGUCUAGGGACAGGAAGAUGGUUGGCGACCUGACUGGGGCCCAGGCCUACGCCUCCACUGCCAAGUGCCUGAACGUUUGCACCCUCAUCCUGGGCAUCCAUGUGACCACAACACUCAUCAUCCUUUUCACCAGUAGUUCUAUGAUAAUAUUCCAAGCAAUUUCUCAAAUGAUAAAGAAUCUCCAAGGCCAGCAGUAGCGCCCAGGUACUCGCUGUCCAUUGUGGGCCCUGCACCCUGGGCCUGAGUUCUGUAUCAGCCCUUUAUUCUCACACACUUUUCUACAAUGGCAU